UCGUGUCUUUGUUAGAUCUCAUUCAGUUUCUAUUUUCGCUCCGAAUAACUUCCAAAUUGUACAGUAAAAAUUUCUAAAAAAAAAGUUUACGAUACUUUUCUAUAAAUUUUAUUUUUGGAAAACGUGAGUCGACAAAAAAACCAUGUGUUCUCCGUGCGGUCCCUGCAGUCCCUGUGAUCCUUGCUGCGGUCCCUUCGAGUGCUCGCCCAAGUGCUACAAUGCGGCCCAAUUGGAGGCAUUGCCACAAUGUGCUCCGCGCAUCCCGCCUCCCUUUCCAAAGUGCAUCACGGUCCAGCAGCCACCACGGAUGAUCUGCAAGAAGCGAGUGGUCUUUACGGAGAAGAUUGUUCCGGAGCCGAUGGUUGUGAACAGAUGUCGGCAGAUCACGAUACCAAAGGUGGUGGAUGCCACAAGAGUCAUCAAGGUGCCCAAGCUCAUUUGGGUGUCGCAGAUGGUGCGAGAGCCCAGGGUUAUCUACUAUCCCUCGAUGAUCCCCGAUCCCUAUGUGGUGUGCUAUCCGAAGAGGGUUUGCGAGCCGAGAGAAGUAUGCCAGUCGAUCCUGUGCCAACCAAAGCCGCAGACCAUCGACAUUCCGCCGCCUAGGGAGUACUGCUGCUAUCCGAAUGGACCCAUCAACUACAAACCCAGUGCCGCCUGUCCACCCUGCCCCAUUGGACCGUGUGCUCCUGGGGGUCCCUGCUGCCCACUGCCCUGCUUCUCCACCAAUCAAUAUCCCGUCGCCGAGGGCAGGUGCGGACCCUGCGGGCCAUGUGGACCAGGUUGCGGACCCUGCGGACCGCGAUGUGGUCCCUGCGGACCCGGCCCGUGUGGUCCCUGCGGGCCGAGAUGCGGUCCAUGCGGACCGUGUGCCGUUCCCAACUGCGGGCCUUGUGGCCUCACGAUGCCGUCGGGUCCGUUUGUCCCAUCGCCCUGUGGACCCUGUGCGCCCUGCGGACCAUGCGGACCCCUGGGCAACAGUCCCUGCGGUCCUUGCGGACCCUGCGGACCCUGUUCGCCCCCCUGUCCGUACGAAUCGCCCGAGUGCGGACCCUGCUACCCGUGCGCCCCAACUCCCUGGAACACCCACUGCGGUCCGGUUGGUCCUUGCGGUCCCCAAGUUCCCUGCGGUCCCUGUGGACCCUGUUGAGAUCGUCAUCAGACUUCUUGCCCGGAUUAUGCCCGUUGUCAGAAAAACCAGUGCCCUGUGGACCAACUUCGUCUAUGCCGACCAAUACAGAAUAUCAUAUUGUUCUCGCUGUCCUGCUAAAAAUCACUACCAAAAGUCUAUAGUUCACUCUGCUUUGUCAACGCAUUGGCGACUCAUUGGCUGUAAAUAAAAAUCGGAUUUAAGCGAA